AUGGACCUUCAUUGUGUGGCCUGGCUGUGCACCUUUUUCUGCUUUGUGCAGGUUUGGUCAUUGCCAACAAACUGCAAUCUUCAGAAAAACUUAAUGAAGAAGACUUAUACACUUCUGGAGACUGCGGGAGGGCUUUUCCCUAUGCAAUGCCUGGACGACCGCGUUUCCAUACCAUUCCCGCAAAAUGUGUUCGAGUAUAACGAGGAUCAGGUUAUUGGUGUCGAAAAGGCUGUUUAUCAGACGCUCCAGAACAUUGAUGCAGUGUUUGAGAACUUCGGUGAUCCGGACCAGUGGAAUGCAGAGAAACUGGAUGACUUCAGAGGCAUCAUAUAUAGGCAGAUUAAAUACAGCGCAUGUAUCAUGAACAAGACUGAAGUGGCUCAGGAUUUUCCCAGCAGAGAGGCUUCGCUCAAGAUUUACUUUGAGACCAUAUCCUCGACUCUGAAAGAAAAGAAUUCCAGUUACUGUGCUUGGGAAAUCGUGAGAAGUGAGAUUCUCCGCACCCUUGAGUUCAUAUUAAAAAACAACUCUGACAUCAUGCUAUGAGUUAAAUGUUAUUUAUUUAUUUAUUUAUUUAUUUAU